AUGAUGAGAACCGAGGAGGGUACAACUGUCGAGCUGGGACCCGCUAAGGACUUACCGCAUUCGGAUGACAUCACCCGCCCUGACGCUUCUCCCAAGAAGGAGAAGAAGAAGAUUCAAUUCCAUAUGGCUAAUAAGGUGAAAAUCAUCCCGACCAACCGUCAGGGACAACUCAACACUGGAUACUUGGCAACACUUCCUGGAGUGUUGAAGAUUGCUGAGAUUGCGCUCUCCUCAAUCGCGUUCAUCCUGGCCAUCUGUUCUGACCGUCGUACAACGACUGCCGCGUGGACCGAGCACAUCUCCUUUGAAUGCCUUCUGAUUGUGACCGGUCUUCUCCUCGGAUACGUCGUCUUCCCACACUUGACACUGAACGAUGAGGCCACUAGAGAGGGACUGAUUGUCGUGGAACUCCUCUUCUACGGACUCAACAGUCUGCUCUAUUUCAUCUCGAUCUGGUUGAUGGUUCAUUUAUCCGCAAGCUGGGGAACCGACGGACGUGGAGCUGCUAUCAUGACCGCUAUCAUUUGCGUCGCCCUGACCGUCCUCUUCGCCAUCGACACCAUUUUCAAAUUGAAGGCGUGGCGAGGCGAGAACGAGCCGAAGACCGUCGUCGAGGCUGGAAACUCGCAGGCUUAG